GGAGAAGAGCCACCCCAACACCCAUUUGCUGCCUGCCCGUGCAUGACGGGCGUAAAUACCGCUUAGGAGGCACCUUUGGCAAGCCGCGGUCUAUGCGCAAUAGGAAAAAUAUGGAGAGCCACCACCUCGUAGGACCUGUGAGAGCAGCCAUCGUCCUUGCGCGCCGCUGUUUUCUCCUCUGUUGACCGCACUUCCACGGUUCCAUGCUCUCUACGCUACUGACGAUGCUCGCUUCUGUAGGAGGGGAGGCAGCUUCCCCCAUGUACAGAAAGCCUAUGCAUCCCAUCAGCAUAAAAGCCGGGAUGUCCAACCCCAUUCCCUGAUUCCAUUCCAAGCGCAGUCUCCUCACCUUCACUUCACUUCACCUCAACAUCCCUCACAAAGCCAUGACCAUCUCCGCCAAGUUGCUCCUCGUCGCCUCGAGCGCAUUGCUCGCCACCAGCAGCGCCUUCGCUCAGCUCGUCCUUCUGGGAGAUUUCCUCGAGUUCCAGCCCCCGGCACUGACCGUCGCCGACGUGCAGGUCGCCACAUCUUUCCAAGUCCGUCUGAAGUCCCCUCCCAACGACACCGCCACCGUCUUCUGGGACACGCCCGGCAUCAAAACCAGCAACUGCACGACCACCUGGACAAAGGAGGACUACAAUGUGUUCAAGCCUAUGAAGUUUUACCCCAUCAACCAAUACACCAAGGAAGGCAAUGCCGCUAUCAACGUCACUGUCAAGAUGGACGCCCCUGGCUCCGUCUACGACAAGGAGGUCGCCACAUACCCAUGCACGCGUGAUUACAAGAAGGCGGUUACUUGCACGUCCUUGGGUGACCCACAUUUCAAGACAUUCGGUGGAUCCGUGUACGAUUACAUGGAACCCGGUGUCCACUACCUCGUCAGGAGCGACCUGCUGACCGUCCAGUCCUCCGCGUUCAUCUGCAACGCCGGCAGCACCUGUAACGACGCCAUUGCCGUCCGCUACGGUAACGCGGCUGUGGUCUUGUCCAGCAAAGGCAAGACCGCCGCCGACGCCGUCGCCGUCGACCUUCACCAGGCUUCCGACUCCCUGGACGGUCUGAAGAUCACCGUGUCCCCAGACAAGCGCCACUACCUCAUCGAGCUUCGCGAAGACGGGUCCCAGAUCGAAGUGCAGGCCAACGUCUUCAACAACCUUAUGUACAUGGACAUCACUAUCCGCUUGGGUGCGCCUUACUUUGGCCGUGUCCACGGUCUCUGCAACGUGUAUGCCGAUGGUGCCGACAAGGGCUUGGAGUGCUCUGACGGAUCGCUCACUCAGUCCGGUGCGGUCCUCGGUGGUUCUUGGAAGGUUCAGGCUGACGACAACAUCUUUGCCUGCGGUGCGGCCUGCACUGCCAAGCAGCCCAGCGCGCCGGUUGAUGACGGUGGCAGCAUCUGCGCCAUUCCCGCCCACCCUACCGUCGAGGAACCAGCCGUCACCACCUCUGAAGUGGUCGAGCCAACUGUCAUUACCAAGUUCAUCACUGAGACGAACGUGCAAUCUACCACCUUGAUCAACGGCAAGGAGACCAAGGACAACCAGGCCACUACCACCGCUGCCGACCCCGAGAAUGGAGGCGCCACCGCUACCGCCACCGUAACAGAAGGUUCCGAGGCCACUUCGGUGAUCACCAACACCGUCCUCGAGACCAACGCCGUUUUCAUCACCACCGAGGUUACGCGGAUCGUCACGGCCACGGUUAACCACGAGGUCAACGUGCCUGUCGCCACCACGGUCACCAGCACCUACUUCUCCACCGUCACCGUUCUGCCCAAGUACACCCCGGACCCGAACAUGGCCACCGAGACGGUAACCGUCACCAACCAAGCGCAGGCGAGCCCCACCGCCGACGUCGUUCUCCCCGGCGGCAACCACGAGGUGCCCCGCCCGGCCAACUGCCCCGAGAAGUUCUACAACGACGCGCACACCAACUGCAACACCCUCCUCAACGUCGAAGCGUGCUCCGCCCAGGUCGAUAUCUCCUUCUACGUCUUCUCCUGUGUCCGCGACGCCGUUCGCGUCGGAUCGUUCAUCUUUGCCGAGGGAACCAAGAACCAGAUGCUCAGCAACUGCCGCGCCAAGACCGAUGCCGCGUUCGACUCUGACGAUGCACCUGCGAAGGAACAGGCUCGCCAGGUCCAGCAGCAGGUCGGGCUCGGCAUCCACGACUGCGGGGGCUGUGGAAAGGGCGCCUGCACACCGGACGGAUGUCGCUGCCCGACUGGUUUCACCGGCCAGCACUGUGAGACCGAUUCCAGCACCCUGCCUACUUACAACGCUCCCCCGGUCAUCAACGUUCAGGGCGCGACGGUCGACUCCAAGCGCGACCCUAACAACUCUGGCGAUGCGGUCGACCCGACCACUCCUGCUGCUGGAAAGCAGGGCGAGACCACCACCACUGCUGAGGGCAAGACUACCACAGAAGGCAAGCCGGCUGCCUCCGACUCUGCCCCUGCCGCACCUGCCGCACCUGCCGCACCGGCCGCCGGCGCCACCUCCGCCAACAACCCAUUCCCCGUCGAGCAACUUCCCGCCGCCGGCCCCAUCACCAACACACCCGCCACCCCCCCAGCCACCGAAGGCAUCAUCUCCGGCGCCCGCUCCGUGGCUGCCGGCUUUGGCUCGUUCGUCGCUGCUGUUGCCCUCUUGCUGUAGAUCAGCUUUUCCAAAUCAGCUCCCUAUUAGAUAGCGCUCCAUCGUCUCCCCCCUUGUAUAGUUUCUUUGAGUUUAUAGUUCUGUGGAUAUUCCCCCGCCCCCCGUCAUUAGACAUUUUCUGUACAUAGAAUGCAACGCAGUUGUUGUAAAUCAUAAAGCCAAAUUGAGCGUUUUUUCCUCAUACUUGAACGUUCCACGUUUCUUUCGCUUCUUCUCUUCCUCUCCGACCCGCGGCCUCUUCGAUGUCGCAACGAGCACUCAUCUGGCACUUCCUCACG